AUGCAAAUAUAUAACUGCAAUCUGUGUGGAAAAUCAUUUACCAAGUCCUCAAAACUUCAAGUUCAUCAAAGAAUCUACAGUAGAGACAAAACUUAUAAAUGUACUAAGAACAAGAAAUCAUUUACACAGUCCUCAAAACAUCAAGUUCACCACAACAUUAAUAGUGGACAAAAAUGUCACAAAUGUAAUGAAUGUGGGAAAUCAUUUACCUCAUCCUAUGCUCUCCAGGAUCUUCAAAGUAUUCGUUCUCAAGAAUAUCCUUACAAAUGUAGUGAGUGUGGGAAAUCCUUUACCAACUCCUCAAGUCUUCAUAUUCUGUACAGAAUCCACACCAGAGAUAAACAUUACAAAUGUAAUGAGUGUGGGAAAUACUUUUCCCAGUACUCAAAUUUCCAUGUUAAUCAAAGAAUCCAUCCUGGAGAAAAACCAUACAAGUGCAAUGAGGUUGGGAAAUCUUUUACCUGGUACUCAAAUCUCAAAGUUCAUCAAGGAAUUCAUAAUGGAAACAAAUCGUAUAAAUGUAAUAGCUGUGAGAAAUCCCAUAGACAGUCCUCAAAACUAAAAGAUCAUCAAAGAAUCGACACCGAAGUAAAACCUUACAUAUGUAGUGAGUGUGGGAAAUCCUUUUCCCAGUACUCAAAUCUCCAUGUUCAUCAAGGAAUCCAUACUGGAGAAAAACCUUUCAAGUGUAAUGAGUGUGGGAAAUCUUUUAGCCUGUACUCACAUCUCAAAGGUCAUCAAAGAAGUCAUACUGGAGACAAACCAUAUAAGUGUAAUGACUGUGAGAAAUCCUUUAGACUGUCCUCAACACUAAAAGAUCAUCAAAGAAUCCAUACUGGAUACUCAACUCUCAAAGCUCAUCAAGGAAUCCAUAUUGGAGAUGAACCACAUAAAUAUAUUAAGUGUGAGAAAACAUUUACAAUGUCUUCAACACAUAAAGUUCAUCAAAGAAUCCAUAUUUGA